GGACUACCUGAAGAAGUGUAUUGACAAUUCUUAGACCGCGAAUAAAGAAGUAUUGACUGUAGCACAAAUAAAAUGGCUGAUAUAUCUGAGAGUGAAUUAGCCAAAAUACAAUCUCAAGGAGAAGAAAUAACACUGGAAUUGACUGACCAUGAAGACACACAAGAAUCAAACAGGAGAUGGAAAACCAACCUUGAGAAACAUCCUUGGCUGAGGGACCCACCUGAAUGUCUUAAAGUCAAAGAAAGAACAGAAAAUAUGGGAAAACGGAUAAAACAAUUGGAGGAGGAUGAUGAAAUUUACAUGAUGAAGGAAGGUGGUAGAAAAAUGUGUCUCAUUAUUGGAAACACAAAGUGCAAAAGCUAUGAGGAAUUAAUGGGAUGUGCAAAAGAUAAUGCGUAUCUUUCUGCUUUGUUCAAACAACUAAAUUUCGAAGUAACAGUGAAAAACAAUCUUACAGCAAAGGAAAUGACGGCAUUCCUAAACGAAAAGAAGGAAAACCUUAAAGACGUUGAAUGUUUCGUAUGCGCAAUAACAAGCCAUGGAAAUCAUACAGGAAUUCUAGGAACUGAUGAAGAAGUGACCUCUUUUCUGGAUAUUAUGAAAAUGUUUGAUAGAGACAACUGCCGUGAAUUGUCAAACAAGCCAAAACUGUUUUUCUUUGAUGUCUGUCGAGGACGACACGAAGACGUUCCAAAAAACCCGACAGUAGUGAAUGAAUCAACCGACGCAAUGAUUCCUCCAAUAAAAUCCGAUAUUUUAGUAGCCCAUGCAACAUCACAUGAUUAUGUUUCAUUUUGCCAUCCGGAAUAUGGAUCCUGGUUCUGUCGAAGUUUUGUGAAAGUGGUCAGCGAAAACGCUUGCAGAUAUAACAUUUUAGACAUGCUUUUAAAGGUCAACAGAAAGGUUGGGGAAUUUCAGUCAGCGAAGGGGAGCCUGCAAUCUGCACAAUUCGAUAGUUCUAUGCGAAAACAGUUCUUCUUCUCUCAACCGGUAAUACCGGAAAGACUUCAGGCGAAUGAAAAUGCUGCAGGUGAACAAAAUGAGUCUCAACCGAUGCAAGAGGGUGCAAGUAAAUAAACGUUCAGAUCGGACUUUACAAAAGGAAGAAAACUAUUACCGACAUUGUAGCAUGUUAGUGUUUUGCCAAUGAAUGCAUGACAUAUCUUAAUAUCGAACAGUAACGCAUUUUCCUAAAACUGAAUAAAAGUUUAAUAAUUUAAUGUAACGGUAUUACGUUAAUGAAAAUGCGUUGAAACCGUGAUAAUUUGUUUAAAUUUUCUAACAAAAAAGUUUUGAAAUACAUCCAUAACCCAACUAUUGUGUACUGUAUAGUUUAAUUAUAUUGUGAAUUCCAGCGUUGCCUGAUAUAGGUAUUCAUUGCCACCAAGGAAUUUUCGCAAAGAUGUAGUCAUUAUUAUAUUGAUUCCGCGUAUACGUAUACAUUCCUGAUUAAUUGUAAUGAUAUAUGGGUAAUCGAAGUGUCUAUGUGAACGUUUCUACUAAAUUAUUUUCUAUACGAAAUAAAUCUAGGCUAGCAAAUGAUGCUGUCUGUUUUAUAAUGUUUUCAUUCGAUUUCUAAAACAUUUUGUGUUCUUGAGAAAUGGUUCCAGUAUUAUUUGAAGACAUAAAGAUUACAAAUUUUGGAAAUUUAAGCAUGAAGUUUUUCUUUAAAAAUCAAAACUAAAAUUGCCACAAAUCAUAAAAGGCAUUAUAUUUAUCCGGCAUGUGUACAUGACAUUUGCUUGACAAUACAACUCUUACCGCUUUACUCACACAAAAGACGACAGGAAAUAAUUCAACACAAAUCGUUCGAUAGUACCAGGAACUGUGGAAAGUACGCAGCUUUGACGGUUAUUAGAUGUGGUAAAGAACUUGUUGAUGAUGUCAUUUUAUUGUGCAGAAAAUAUAUUAGUGUUGCUGUUUGCUAGUUAGUGCUGUCAUUUUUGUUCUUGGAAUAUUUAUUGUCGUACCGUUCGAUAAUUAUGAAACAACAGUUUUAACUUUGAUAUAUUCUAUAUUUGCUAAUACAUUUAUACAUGUACUAUUAUUUAAGUUCCCAUUUACAUUUAUUAACAAUUUUUGCUGUUGGUAAAUUACAUUUAAGUAACAUUUGAUUAUAUUUUAUAUUUUGAUAUGAAUAUUUUCAAAAAGUGGACUAUUUCUUUCGAAUUUGUAAUAAUUAUUAAUUUUAUGAGAUUUAACCAAUUUGAAACAAAAGAAAUAUAUAUAUGUUAAAUUUAUAUGAUGAACAAUUGUAUAAUAUAGCAGAAAAAACAUUGAAGGAAAUGCUGGUUUUUGGUGUUACAUAGUUUUACGUCACUAAACAUGCAUCAUUGAAAUAAGAUAAGUAUAUGAAGUUGUUACGUAACAUUUUGGUAACUGUAAUUUGUGCAAAUAUUAGUAGUAAAUUUUAUUCAGCAUGCAGAGAUGGUUUAAAAAGUUAGAUAAAAUAUGUUUCUUUCAUUACCCUAAGGGCAGUGUUAUCAUCUUUCGGCUAUAAAAUUGAAAAACAUGUGCAAUGCAGGUGAAGUGUCUUAUAACAUUUUGCUCUAUGUCUGCAUACUUGAUGUAUGAUCGUGUCUGCUUGUGUUAUAGGUUGAGCAUGAAGUUUCAUCCUGUUAUUAUAGAAGCUUAGGGCAUAAUUCACAGUUCCCACAGCCACAUUUCUUAACUAGGUGAUUACGUUUUGUAUCCUCAAAUUUUGCGCGUUUUAAUAAUUUCUUUAGAUUUGCUGAUUUUCGUUUGCUCUUGAUUAAUUUUUGCGUUGUCUAAAAUUUCUAUUUUACUGUUUUUAAAAUCGACAGAUUGUUUUCAAUGACCUUAAAACUCUGCAUUUCUCAGGUUGUUUGUUGAUACGAAUAAAGUUACUAGUAUUGGGUAAUAUCUCUUUCCUAUGCUUUUCCUAAUUCACUUUUUGUAAUUAUUUGCGGUGUUCUAACAUCAGUUUCAAUUUAUAUGAUAAAGGGUAAUUAAGAAGUAUAAAAUAGUUGUUUAUUGUUUGAAAGUUGGUGAAUACGUUGACCGGAAAUAAGGCAUUUGCUUCAAUCUUUUCUCCCGUGAAUAAAGGGAGGUGAACAUUUUGUCUUGAUUUCGAAUGAUACGAAGCUGUACGCAUGCAUUAUGGUAGUUUGCUUUUACAGUAAUACUGAAAUAAAGUAUGAUACCCAUUUUGAA